AUGGCCUUGGAGGAGCUUCGAAUUUUGAGGUGUGAACAGCUGGGUGCAUUGGAGGGUUUGCAAUUCCUCACCUCUCUUCGAAGGUUGACAAUUUCGAAGUGUCAACAGCUGGGUGCAUUGGAGGGCUUGCAGUUCCUCAGCUGUCUUCGAAACUUGGAGAUCGAGAUGAAUCCUAAGCUACAGGACCAAGAACAGGGUGGAAAUCAGAUUGAACUGCUCCCUCCAUCAAUUGACAGACUUGAGAUCUCAAAUCUCACAAACAAUGUCCAGUCCAGUUUGCUGUCCUGCAUCCCUGCCAUAACCAAAUUGGGGAUAUGGGGAAGUCCAGAAUUGACAUCUCUACAGCUUGGAUACUGUAAGGCACUGACAGAGUUAAACAUUAGACAUUGUGAGUUGCUUGCUUCUCUACAGCUGGGAUUCUGCAUGGAGCUGACAGAGUUAGAAAUUAUAGAUUGUGAGUCGCUUGCUUUAAUCGAGGGAUUCCAGUCCAUUCCAAAUCUGACGUCCUUCAUAGUAUCUGCCUCCUCCGGCUUACCUCCAUGGAUGGAGCUUUUGUUGCAACAGCAAGGGACUUAUUUCUGGGGAAAAAGAACGAGCCCGAUGGUCAGCCUAACGGAAGAACAGGAGAGAGCGCUCCAGCUUCUCACCUCCCUCCGAGAGCUCCACUUUGGGGGCUACCCGAACCUCCUGUUACUUCCUGCAGAUCUGCGAAGCCUUGUCUCCCUCAAGUCCCUGAGAAUCUAUUCCUGUCCAAGCAUCUCAGGUCUGCCGGAAAUGACAGCUUCAUGUGAUCUUUAUGUGCAUGAUUGCAGCGAGGAGCUAGCUCAGCGUUUUGAAGAAUGGGAACUACGGAGAAGGGAGAUGAUUGAUGAUGAGAUUUAUGUGCACAGUUCCAUCGAGGAGGUAGCUCAGCGAUUCGAAGCAUGGGAACUACGGAGAAUGGAGAUGAUUGCUCAUGAGGUUGUGAAUCAUUAA